UCCAGCUUCCUUGGGGCCGCAGGUGUUCAUUUGGGGGCCCCUGGGCCCUGACCUCAUUACGUGCCGAAGCAGAAACAUGAGGGCCCAGAGCCUUCUCCUCCUGGCGGCCCUCCUGGGGAGCCAGCUGCCUGCCGCCUUGGGCAGGAGGAACAGAGAGAAACCUGGGGGGUGUCCGCCGGACGAUGGGCUGUGCCUCCGGUCGGUGCCUGACCAGUGCCUGGGGGACAGCCAGUGCUCCUCCAUGAUGAAGUGCUGCCGCAAAAACUGCUUCCGCCAGUGCGUCCGGAUGGUCUCGGUAAAGCAGGGCACCUGCCCCGAGGACCGACUGCAGUGCCUCAGCCCCAUCCAGCACCUGUGCCACCAGGACUCCGACUGCCGGGGCCUCAGCCGGUGCUGCCUGGGCGCCUGCGGCCGGGACUGCCGGAACCCCGUCAAAGGCUAAUUCUGGUUCAGGCCUGGUGGCUCUGAACCUCAGGACGGGGUCCCCCGCAGGAAGAGGUGGUGACAGGGGCCCUGGGACCUGCCACCCGGGCAGCACCACCUCUGCCGGCAGCAGUCCCAACCUUCUGAUAGACACUGACCUGCCGUGACUUCCCCUGCCGCCCGCCCGCCCCUGGCUUUUCCUCCUGGGAAUCACAGUCCAUGGCCAGACCUCAAACGACUCCCUGGUCCCACCGCCACCCGGGCUCCCCGUCCUUCCUAACACUCACCUUCACAUCUCUUUGUAUGUGUGUUUCUCCCACCUAAAAUGCCUGGUUCCGGUAGGCCCCUCUCUGUGGGGGCCUGACCCCCCACCUCAGGGAGCCCGGCCGCCCGAGUGCACGUUUCAGCAGUUUCCCAGACGUGUCUGUUCGCACGGUUCGCGAUUUCGCCUCGCCUGCAAGAUAGCAUCGUGCGGUCUCACGCACACAGCCUCUGCUCCUAUGUAUCCAAUGCUCUUCCUUUGGCAGACUCACUUUUGUAUAUAAACGUUUUCAAAAGAAAACCUCAAUGUCACUACUGUAAGCAGGAUACCCAGGAGCACUGGCCACAAAUAGAAUGUAAUUGCAAAAGCAAAUGCAAUGAAAAGAGUGAAGUUCCAUUAAAACCAUGUCUGAUUCAACA